UCUCGCUGGCGGACGGAUCUAUUUUUCUGUGCCGUCAUUGUCAAGUCGGAGAGCAUCAAAUUUUGCAAUUUUUCUCCCCUUUUGAUUUUUGGAAAUUUGCAAACAGCUUUUGGUGUAACAAUCACUAAAGAGCCAUCCUCAAAUAUCACCGGAAAUAAAAGUCCGCUGCCUUUGACCUUUCUCAAUUGAGGCCAGUCUCAUUUAUCGGCAAGAUAGGAUGGACAUCAACUCUUCCACGUUGGCUCCGGCCGCAGAUACGGAGACUGUAAAAAUGGAGCAUGAUUUCUCCGAAGAAUGCAACGUUAAGAUCCCGGAAUCUGAAAAGCUGGCUCGAGAGGGAAACCUGACCAAAGCUAUUGACGAGUUGGUCGCCCUUGAAAAACAGACUCGAACGAAUGGGGACAUGAUUUCCACUGGUCGCAUCCUGGUAGCUAUUGUGAAAUUCUGCUACGAAGCUAAGAACUGGACCGCCCUUAACGAAAAUAUCAAUUUGUUUGCCAAACGGAGGGGUCAGCUGAAAGGAGCCGUUGUUAAAAUGGUCCAAGAAGCACAGACCUAUAUCGAUCAGUUACCUAAAAAAGAGCAGUAUGAGUUGAUUGACGCAUUAAGAGGUGUCACCGAGGGCAAGAUUUACGUUGAGGUGGAACGUGCACGUUUGACGUACAAAUUGGCAAAAAUGCGUGAAGAAGAAGGAGACAUUGCUCUGGCUGGGACGAUUUUGCAAGAACUCCAAGUUGAAACCUACGGAUCAAUGGAACGUCGGGAAAAGGUGGAACUGAUUCUGGAACAGAUGAGAUAUUGUCUCGCCAAGAACGAUUACAUUCGAACUCAAAUCAUUUCGAAAAAGAUUAACGUCAAAUUUUUCGAGGAUGAAUCUACUCACGACCUCAAGUUAAAAUUUUACAAUUCGAUGGUAGAAAUGGACCAACAUGAAGGGAAUUAUUUGAACAUUUGUCGUCAUUUUCGUGCAAUUUUGACCACUCCAAGAGUUCAGAAGGUUGAGUCUGAAAAGAAGAACUACACGCAGUGUGCUGUGCUUUAUCUUCUGUUAAGCCCUUAUGGAAAUGAACAGUCCGAUUUACUACAUAGAAUGUUGGAGGACAAAUCACUAGAACAACUUCCAACUUACAAGACAUUGUUGGAGCUUUUCAAGAAUCAAGAACUGAUUAAUUGGAAGGACCUUUGCGAGAUGUACGAAACAGAACUAAAAACGGGAACUGGGGCGACUGCAGUCUUUGACGAGUCAGAGUUUGGAGUGAAACGCUGGAAGACUUUCAAAGAUCGUGUCGUAGAGCAUAAUAUUCGCAUUAUGGCCAAGUACUACACCCGUGUUUCCCUCAGUAGGAUGUCCGAAUUGUUGGAUUUGUCUAAAGAGGAAGUUGAAACCUGCCUCUGCAGAAUGAUUGUGGGCACCACCGUGGUUGGACGAAUUGAUCGGCCUUCGGGAAUCGUAUCCUUUUUGUCUUCCAAAGAUCCCAGUGAAUCCCUGAACGAUUGGGCUCACAACUUGAGCAAGUUGAUGUCUCUCAUCUCCCGAACCACUCAUUUGAUCAACAAGGAGGAAAUGGUUCAUAAGCAUCUUCUAGGAGGCAACAAGCCGUCCACGUCAAAAACCUCAGUUGCCCCUCCCACCGUGGAACCCACUGCCAUGGAAGUUGACAACUAACACAUGUAACACCAUUUUAACUGUUCUAUUAUAUAAAACCCUCUUUGCAUAUGCAUAUUUAAUUAAACCGUUCAUCCUUUUGUAAUGGAAGAUUAGCAACAAACUAAUUUAUAAAUUUUGAAUAUGAUCAUGUAAUGAAUAAUAAAUCAUUGUCACAUUUUCAGUUCAA